GCCCUUCUCUAUAAUCCAUCACUAAUGUUGAAUUGUUGUAUUGAAAACUGCACAGAAAUAUAAUUAAACUCUCAAAAUGAUUGAAAUCACCUGCAACGAUCGUCUUGGCAAGAAGGUGCGCGUCAAGUGUAACCCGGACGACACAAUUGGAGACCUAAAGAAACUUAUAGCUGCACAAACAGGUACAAAACACGAGAAGAUUGUACUCAAGAAGUGGUAUACAAUUUACAAGGACCCCAUUCGCCUUUCCGACUAUGAAAUCCACGAUGGAAUGAAUUUGGAACUAUACUACCAGUAGGAAGUUCAAGCUAACGCAGUUUAAGUGAUACGCUUUUUUUUACUCUCUACUGUUCAUUAAAGAUAAAUAUUAACAAAAAGGUUAGUUCUAUAAA